CCUUAAUCUGAUUAGAUUAGCUUGUACAGAUUAUAUAAUCUCCUAUUCUUCAGUAUUGUAAUAACAAAUUUGAGAAUAAUGAAAAUAGUUUUUCUCUCUCUAACUCUUCACAAAUCAUUAUGGUAUCAGAGCGAGCGUUCUUGAUUUUUUUUUACAAUAAUCUGAUUUUUUUUCCGAAUCAUCUGUUCAUCAAUCAAUUGUUUGAUUGAUUCGUUUAUCAAUCAAUUACUUGAUUGAUUGGUUCUUGCUAUAUAUUUUUGGAAUUCUUCAUUCCAAAGCUCUGUAUCAAUGGUGACUUCUGCAUCAAUGGCGUCUGGUCAAUCCGGAUCAUCUUCGUCUUCUCAAAUUGCUAAUUCCACAUCUGAUCCUUUAUACCUUCAUCCUUCGGAUCAUCCAGGCAUGUUGUUAGUGUCUAAACAAUUUGAUGGCACAAAUUUCAACUCCUGGAAGAAAGCUAUAAUGAUCGCUUUAUCUGCUAAAAACAAGUUAGGAUUUGUUAAUGGCAAAAUUCCUCAACCAGAUCCUGAUCAUAACACUUUUGAAUCAUGGCAAAGAUGUAAUGAUAUGGUUACAUCUUGGAUCUUGAAUGUAUUAUCAAACGAUAUUGUCGAAUCUGUUCUAUAAUCUUCAUCUGCAAAGGAAAUCUGGAAGGAUUUAGAUGAUCGAUUUGGUCAAUCAAAUGGAGCCAAACUUUAUCAUCUUCAAAAGUCAAUUUCUGAUUUAUCUCAGGGAUCGAAUGAUCUAGCCACCUAUUUCACCAAGCUGAAGAAACUUUGGGAUGAAUUGAAUUCUUUAUCCUCCAUUCCUACUUGUACUUGCGGAUCUGCACAAACAAGUUCAAGAAAAUCAACAAAAUCAAAAGCUGAUCAAGUUUCUCAUGGGAUUAAAUGGUGAAUAUGGAGCUGUUAGAGGAAACAUUCUCAUGAUGAAAGCACUUCCAUCUGUGGCACAAGCUUAUGCUCUCUUAAUUCAAGACGAAAAACAGAGAGAGGUAAAUUCAUCUUCCAGUUUUUUUCCUGAAUCCGCUGCUAUGAACAUUAAGGCUGGUACAUCUCAUGUCAAGAACAAUUAUGAAGGGAAAGAUUCUAAAAGAAACAUCACAUGCAAUUUCUGUAAGAAACCUGGUCAUACAGCCAACAAAUGCUAUCGCCUUAUUGGUUUUCCAAAAGAUUUUAAGUUCACAAAAGGAAAAGGAAUUGCUGCCAAUGCAAUUUUUCAUAAUGAUAAUGAGGAUCAUCAUACUCAACAAUCAAAUAAUUCUCCUACAACACUCAAAGUCUUCCUGAGUUUUCAAAAGAGCAGUUUCAACAAUAUCAACAAUUCAUUUCCAUGUUUAACAACUUCAACAAAGGAUCUGAAUCACAGAAUCAUGCACAAAUGAGUACUUAUCAUCAAAGCCAGCCUCAAACUCAUCACAUCAAUCCAACAAAUGUCAAUUGCGUUCAGACUCCAUCCAAUUUAAAUCAACAAUCUCAAGUCAAUCAAAACAAUGCCAAUAUGAAUCACUCCAACUUCAACUUUGCUGGGCCUUUCUCUGAAGAGGCCACUGGUUCUUGGUAGGCAUCAAGUCGGACUAUAUUUCAUGCAUUCCAACCAGAACAAGAACAGAGCAAUAUCCCUUUCUGUUACUUCAAAUACCCCUUCAGAUCCAUCUGUCAUUUUUUCUACUUCUGUUUCUAAUAAUGCUACCACAAACAAUUCAUUUCUGUUGUGGCAUAAUAGGCUUGGACA